CUCAGGGGGGCGUGCAGGUGAGCCGACUGGCAGGGGUUUGCCGGCAUGGCUGAGGCCAGGAAGAGGCGAGAGCUUCUUCCCCUGAUCUACCAGCAUCUGCUACAGGCGGGCUACGUGCGCGCGGCGCGGGAAGUGAAGGAGCAGAGUGGCCAGAAAAGUUUCCUGGCUCAGCCUGUAACCCUUCUGGACAUCUAUACUCACUGGCAACAGACGUCAGAGGUUGGCCAGAAGCGGAAGGCAGAGGAAGAUGCAGCACUGCAGGCUAAGAAGACCCGCGUGUCCGACCCCAUUAGCAGCUCAGAGAGCUCAGAAGAGGAGGAGGAGGCAGAAGCCGAGACCGCCAAAGCCACCCCGAGACUGGCGCCCACCAACUCCUCGGUUCCGGGGGCAGUUGUGCCAUCAGGCACGAAAGAAAAAGCCAGGGCAAAGACCAAGAAGGCCGGCAAGGUGGUGAACUCCACACCGCAUCCUGCCGCUGGGAAGGCGAUGGCCCACCUUCUGUCUGGGAGGUCACCUAAGAAGUCAGCAGGGCCUUCAGCGAAUACCAUCCUGGCCUCAGAAACUGAGGAGGAGGGCAGUGUCCAGGCCCUCAGAACCACGGCCAAGCCUGGAAUGGCAUCGGCCAGCCAGGCUGACAGCUCCAGCGAGGAGACCUCCACCUCGAGCGAUGAGACAUAUGUGGAGGUGAAACCUUCAGUAAAACCACCCCAGGUCAAAACCUCACCAGCCCCUGCCAAGGACUCCCUAGGGAGAGGGGCAGCCCCAACCCCUGGGAAGGCAGGGGAUGUGACACCCCAAGUCAGAGGAGGUGCCCUGACCCUAGCCAGCAAGGCCAAGAAGCCAGAAGAGGACUCGGAGAGCAGUGAGGAGUCGUCUGAGAGUGAGGAGGGGGCCCCUUUGGAGCCGCCCCACCAGGCGAAGGCCUCGGAGAAAAUUGUCCAGGCCAGGGCCGCCUCGGGCCCCGUUAAGGGGACCUCUGGGAAAGGGGCCACCCCAGCACCCCCUGGGAGGACAGGGCCUGCAGCUGCCCGGGCCAAGUCAGGGAAGCCAGAGGAGGAUUCAGAGAGCAGCAGUGAGGAGGAGUCUGACAGCGAGGAGGAGCCGCCAGCUGCCAAGACACCACUUCAGGUGAAGCCUUCAGGGAAGACCCCCCAGGUCAAAGCUGCCGCAGCCUCUGCCAAGGAGUCCCCUAGGAAAGGGGCCCCUCCAGUGCCCCCUGGCAAGGCAGGGCCUACAGCUGCCCAGGCUCAGGUGGGGAAGGGGAAGGGGAAGGGGGAAGAAGACCCAGAGAGCAGCACUGAGGAGUCCGACAGCGAGGGGGAGGCGCCAGCAGCCGUGCCCCUAGCCACGAGCCCUGUUCAGGCAAAGCCCUUGGGGCAAAACUCCCAGGUCAGAGCAGCCUCCGGUCCCGUGAAGGGGCCCCCUCAGAAGGCAGGGCCUGCAGCCACCCAAGCAGGGAAGCAGGAGGAGGACUCAGGGAGCAGCAGCGAGGAGGAAUCAGACAGUGAGGGGGAGGCGCCGGCCCAGGCAAAGUCCUCGGGGAAGAUCAUCCAGGUCACAGCUGCCUCACGUCCUGCCACGGGGCCCCCUCAGAAGGCAGGGCCUGCAGCCACCCAGGGCAAGGCCGAAAAGUGCAAGGACGAGUCAGAGAGCAGUGAGGAGGAGUCAGACAGUGAAGAGGAGGCGCCUGCAGCCGUGGCUCCAGCCCAGGCAAAACCAGCUAUGAAAACACCCCAGACCCAGGCCCCUCCAAAGAAGGGCACCCCCGUUACCCCUGCACCUGCCAAGUUUCCCCCGGUGCGAGUGGGCACGCCGGCCCCUUGGAAGGCAGGAGCCGCAUCCUCUCCAGCCUGCGCCUCAUCCCCAGCUCUGGCCAGGGGCGCCCAGAGGCCCGAGGCCUCUUCAAGCAGCGAGGAGUCGGAGAGUGAGGAGGAGACCACUCCUGCCCCACCAGCAGGACAGGCAAAGUCUGCGGGUAAAAGCGUCCCGGUGAAAGCUGCCUCUGCACCCACCAAGGGGUCCUCGGGCCAAGGGGCUGUCCCAGUACCCGCUGGGAAGGCAGGGCCUGCAACAGCCCCGGCUAAAGCUGAGGUUCAGGAAGAUUCAGAGAGCAGUGAGGAGGAAUCAGACAGUGAGGAGGUGACUGCAGCCCCAGCCCAGGUGAAGACCUCAGCGAAAACCCCACAGACCAAAGCCAACCCAGCUUCCACCAGAACAGCUUCAGCCAAAGGGGCAGCGUCUGCUCCCGGAAAAGUGGCUACUGCAGCAGCUCAAGCCAAACAGGAGUCCCCGGCCAAGGUAAAGCCAACAGCAAGAACCCCCCAGAGCAAUGCUGUCUCAGUGAGGGGCCAGGGGUCUGUGGCAGCUCUGGGGAAAGCAGUGGCCACGGCAGCCCAGGCCCAGCCGGGGCCAGUCGGGGGCCCACAGGAGGGCUCGGAGAGCAGCGAAGAGGAGUCAGACAGUGACGGGGGAGCCCCCGCUCAGGCGAAGCCCUCGGGGAAGACCCCCCAGGUCAGAACUGCCUCAGCCCCUGGCAAGGGGUUCGCCAGGAAAGGGGCUGCAGCAGUCUCCCCCGGGAAGUCAGGAGCUGUGGCCACCCAGGCCAGGAAGCCAGAGGAGGACUCGGAGAGCAGCAGUGAGGAGGAGUCUGACAGUGAGGAGGAGGAGGCGGCGGCGGCGGCACCAGCCCAGGUGAAACCUGCUGUAAACCCCCCCCAGAGCAAGGCCUCCCUGACGAAAGGUGUCGCAGGCACUCCUAAAUCUACCAAGGCUCCCCCAGCACGAGUGGACACACCGGCCCCACAGAAGCCUAGGCCAACGACUCCUGCCAAGAAGGAGAGUGACUCCAAAACUGCCAGAAGCAAGACCCUGGCCCCAGCACGUCCAGAGAAGAAUGCCAGAGGGUCCUCGGAGAGCAGUGGCGAGGAGCUCCCGGCCAGCCAGGUGAUUAAACCCCCUCUGAUUUUUGUCGACCCUAAUCGUAGUCCAGCUGGCCCAGCUGCUACCGCCACACAAGCCCCAGCUGCAAACACCCCAAGGAAGGCCCGGGCCUCGGAGAGCACAGCCAGGAGCUCCUCCUCUGAGAGCGAGGAUGAGGAUGUGAUCCCUGCUACGCAGUGCUCCAUUCCCGCCACUAGAACAAACGCAACCACGCUCGUGGCCCACCCAAGGCCCGCUGUCAGAGCCAGCAGCAGUGAGGCGUCCGGUCGGGUGUCGGAAGGCAAGAAACAGGAGGCACCGGUCGCUCAGGUGACAAAGAGGAACCCUGCUCACCUCCCGCUGACUCAGGCCGCCCUGAAGGUCCUUGCCCAGAAAGCCAGUGAGGCCCAGCCUCCUGCUGCCAGGACCCCGUCUUCAAGUGGGGUUGACAGUGCUCUGGGAACACUCCCUGUGAUAAGUCCCCAGAGAGCCCCUGUGCAGGCCAAAGUGACCAACAAGUUCAGGAAACCUGAGGUUCCUGUGGUCCAGCAGGCCACGGCCACCCCUGCAGGACGCCCCAGAGCCAAGGCCUCUGAGACCUCCAAUGACAGUGAGGACAGCAGCGGCAGCUCUUCAGGGAGUGAGGAGGAUGCUGAUGGGCCCCAGAUGGUCCCCUCGGCCCACAGACUGGUAGGUCCGGCCCCCUCCACAACGGAGACCUUGGUGGAGGAGACCACAGCAGAGUCCAGUGAGGACGAGGUGGUGGCACCCUCUCAGUCUCUCCUCUCAGGUUAUGUGACCCCUGGGCCAGCUCUGGCCAAUUCCCAGGCUUCAAAGGCCACUCCCAGGACAGAUCUCGACCCCUCGGCUUCCUCUACUCCCGCCACCAAAGAUGCCCCAGACGGCAAGCAGGAAGUGGAGCCCCAACAAGUAGCAGGCACCAUAUCCCCUAAAACAGGCAGAAGACAGGCUGGUCCCACGCCUCAGAAGCCCCGGAAGCCCAAGAAGGAGGCUGGGAGCCCCCAAGCGUCCACGCUGGCGCUGCAGGGCGACAUCAGCCGGCGCCUCCUGAACGAGCCCUGGCCCCUGAACGAGGCCCAGCUCCAGGCCUCGGUGGUCAAGGUCCUGACGGAGCUGCUGGAGCAGGAAAGGAAGAAGGCCGCGGAUGCCGCCAAGGAGAGCAGCAGGAAGGCCCGGGGGGGCCGCAAGCGGAAGCUGUCGGGGGACCAGACGGCUGCCAGGGCCCCCAAGAGCAAGAAGAAGAAGCAGCCGGUGGCUGGGGGAAGCGGGGAGGGUGCAGUCUCGCCAGAAAAGGCCUCCGGGACUCCUAAGGGGAAAUCCAAGAGAGCCGGAGCAAGUGGUGACAUCAAGGAGAAGAAGGAAAAAGAGUCUCCUGGCUCUCAGGGGGCCAAGGAGAGGCCAGAAGGGGAGCCGGGGACGCUGAAGGUGGAGGGUGGAGACCAGGGCAACCCCAAGAGCAAGAAAGAGAAGAAGAAAUCCGACAAGAAAAAAAAAGACAAGGAAAAAAAGGAAAAGAAGAAGAAAGCAAAAAAGGCCUCAACCAAAGACCCUGACUCACCAUUCCAGAAGAAAAAGAAGAAAAAGAAGAAGACAGCGGAGCAGACUGUGUGAGGGGCACAAGAGGACAGAAGACGACAGCCAGCUGCAGUGUCCGUGCUGGCCGAGCGAGGGAGCCCUGCAGAGAGGCUGGUCCGAGGAGGAAGAGGAGGAAAUGAAUCCAGAUCCAGUGACCUCCACUCACUGAUUCCACGUCUGACUUCUGUCCUGACACCGAACGCUUCAUAUAGAUGUGUACAGUAUAUAUAUAUAUUUUUUUAAGUGACCUGCCUCCCCCUUCAAACACAACAGGCCCAGAGGCCUCGGGACUUUGCACCUCUUUGCCCUGCAGACCUAGCGAGGCCCAGCCUACAGCUCCUUCCAUCCCUGGUCUCUGGCUGAUGCUGAGGCCUUGUCCUCCUCUAUCAGUUUUUUCCCUGUUUUGUUUGUGGUUUUUUUGUAACAACUCAAAAUAAAAGGCUUGAAGGAAA